AUGGGCAGCCCCUAGGCAAUUUAGCCGCGUAUGUCUCUCUGAUGGAUCUUUCUUUAUAACGUUUAACAUCGAUGCUUUUCUUUCCAGUUUUAAAGCCGCGUAAAUAAUAUAAUCAAAAUAUUUAUAAAAAAAAAAUAAAAUAAAAAUCUGGAUGGGUAUAAUCAUUUGGUCUGGAAAAACGACGUCGUGUGUUUAGGAAGCUUUCAGUUUCAAGGGCGCGUCUUCCAUGUGGGGCCCGACUUGUAUUUUAUUCGGGGUUUGGUUGGACCCGGAUUUGUGCUUGAGACACAAACAAAUCUUUGACAAAAAUUAAAAACUUUAAAUCAAAAUCGGAGCGUCUGUAGGAGCCGUUUAAUCAUCCAACGGUCCAUAUUCCACCAAUCUCCGCUUCCCCCCCCCCCCUCAACGUCUAAAAUUCCCUCCCAACGGUCAAAAAUCUCAAAAUACAAAAAAACAAAUUUAUGAUCGAAAUCUCUCUCUCUCUCGCUCUCUGUCAUUCACUCUCUGAUCACUUAUUUCCCAUUUCACCAUCAAGAACUUUCCAAGAAUCACAAACAAAAGAACACAAAUUCCAUCUUUUUUGUGAAAAAUUAUCGAUACCCAGUGCGCCAAGAAUGAGUAUUCUUCAAUACCCAGACGCCAUGAACGUUCCAGACCUUCAGAUUUGGAACAACGCUGCCUUCGACAAUGAAGAAUCUGAAGGAUCCGCCGCCAUUAAAGCUUCUUGGUCCAAUCUCCAACCCACAUUUCUGAACCGUUCUUCUGAAUCCCUUCGAUCCGAUUGCAGCAAAGAGAAUUUCAGUCCCGUGUUUGCGAAAACCCCUUUUUCUCUCAAAUCUUCGGUACCCACCAAGCCACUCCACCCGAAUACCACAAUCGAAAACUCACAGGGGAAGCCAUUGAAGAAGCUUGUCUGCGAAGAAGAAGAAGAAGAAGAAAAUCGGUUCGAACCCUUGUGGGUGGUGGCCAAGAAGGGAUUUCUAUUUCAAGAAGAAGAAGAAGCAGGAGAGAAGGUGGUGCGCGACGAAAUGAAGAUCGAUUCGGAGAUUGAGGAAAUCGAGAAGGAGAUCACUCGCUUGAAUUCCAGACUCGAAACGCUUCGUCUCGAAAAAGCCGAGCGGAAUAAGACGACGAAGACAAUAGAAAAGCGUGAGAAGAAGAUUGUGGCGGCGAAAUUCAUGGAGUCAGGGAAACAGAGCGUCAAGAAUUCAGAUGGGUUGCCACCAUCAUCAACUUCCAAAACGAAGCUCUACCGGAGAGGUAUGAGUUUGGGGCCUUCGGAGAUCGUAGCCGGAACUGGGCUCCGGCGAUUAAGCAGGCACGAAAUCACUACAAUCACUCCCAUUCAGCCGAUACAGAGUCGCCGGAAAUCGUGCUUUUGGAAGCUCCAAGAUAUCGAUGAACUCAGGGUUACGAAGGAGAGAAGGAAGAGUUUAAGCCUGAGCCCAAAAUCCCGGAAAAUUGUUCCCAAGAUUCAACCACCCAAACAAGCCCUCACGUCGGUGUCUUCGAAAAGACCAGUGAAGAAAGAAGAUGGGGUUAUCGCAUCGGUCCAGCCAAAGAAGCUUUUCAAAGAUGGAGAAAAGUCUGCACCCACAGCAAAGAAACCAGUGAAGCCUGGAAGAGUCAUACCGAGUCGGUACAAUCAGAUUGCCGGAAAAGAAGCAACCACCGACGUAGUUCGGAAAAGGUCGUUGCCGGAGGAUGAUAAGGAAGAAAAUGGUAAGAGGUGCGACAAGAAACGCAUGUCGUUGGUGGGAAAGGGAAGGGUAAAGAAGAGGUGGGAGAUUCCGAGUGAAGUGGUGGUUUACCAGAGUGGUGUGGUGGAGGAUAAUAAUAAUAAUAAUAAUAACAAAACUCCAUUAUUGUCUGCAGCUGAUAUGGAAAAUGUGCUUCCUAAGAUUAAGAAUCUCCGAUGUGUGAAUGAGAGCCCAAGAGACUCAGGACCAGCCAAAAGGGUUGCUGAAUUGAUUGGGAGAAAAUCUUUCUUUCGUGAGAAUCUGGAUGUGGUGGUGGAGGAUUCGGUUUGUCAGGCAUUGAGUUUUGCAGAAGAAAAUGCCGAGGAAAAGUAAAAAAUGGGGUGCAAUUUGGGAACUUUUUGGUUAUGGAUGAAAUCAUGAAAUUUUUUUUUUUUUUUUUUUUCUCCCAGCUUCAUUUGUUAAUAUUGCCAUAACUCUUGUUAUGCAGUAGAAAGUUUUUUCUUUUUAAAUUCAAUUGGGUUUUGUAUAAGUUUGUAGCUCAGACCUCUUUGUUUUGUUUUUUUAACUGCUAUGCAAUAAUAUGGGUAAAGCUGUUUGAAACAAUUUAGU